AUGGCGGCCGGCAAGCGCCCGGCGGCCGGACCUCGGUCGCGAGCUGCCAUGGCCCAGUGGAGGAAGAAAAAAGGGCUCCGGAAGCGCCGAGGCGCGGCCUCCCAGGCCCGCGGCAGCGACUCAGAGGACGGCGAGUUUGAGAUCCAGGCAGAAGAUGACGCCCGGGCCCGGAAGCUGGGACCUGGCAGACCCCUGCCCACCUUCCCCACCUCAGAAUGCACCUCGGAUGUGGAGCCGGACACCCGGGAGAUGGUGCGUGCCCAGAACAAGAAGAAGAAGAAGUCUGGAGGCUUCCAGUCCAUGGGCCUGAGCUACCCGGUGUUCAAAGGCAUCAUGAAGAAGGGGUACAAGGUGCCGACGCCCAUCCAGAGGAAGACCAUCCCGGUGAUCUUGGAUGGCAAGGAUGUGGUGGCCAUGGCCCGGACGGGCAGUGGCAAGACAGCCUGCUUCCUCCUCCCAAUGUUCGAGCGGCUCAAGACCCACAGUGCCCAGACUGGGGCCCGCGCCCUCAUCCUCUCGCCCACCCGAGAGCUGGCCCUGCAGACCCUGAAGUUCACUAAGGAGCUAGGCAAGUUCACUGGCCUCAAGACUGCCCUGAUCCUGGGUGGAGACAGGAUGGAAGACCAGUUUGCAGCCCUGCAUGAAAAUCCUGACAUAAUUAUUGCCACGCCCGGACGGUUGGUGCAUGUGGCUGUGGAAAUGAACCUGAAGCUGCAGAGUGUGGAAUACGUGGUGUUCGAUGAAGCUGACCGGCUUUUUGAAAUGGGUUUCGCAGAGCAGCUGCAGGAGAUCAUCGCCCGCCUCCCCGGGGGCCACCAGACAGUGCUGUUCUCCGCCACGCUGCCCAAACUGCUGGUGGAAUUUGCCCGGGCUGGCCUCACGGAGCCCGUGCUCAUCCGGCUUGACGUGGACACCAAGCUCAACGAGCAGCUGAAGACCUCCUUCUUCCUCGUGCGGGAGGACACCAAGGCUGCCGUGCUGCUCCACCUGCUGCGCAACGUGGUGCGGCCCCAGGACCAGACCGUGGUGUUUGUGGCCACGAAGCACCACGCCGAGUACCUCACUGAGCUGCUGACGACCCAGCGGGUGAGCUGCGCCCACAUCUACAGUGCCCUAGACCCGACAGCCCGCAAGAUCAACCUCGCCAAAUUCACGCUUGGCAAGUGCUCCACUCUCAUUGUGACUGACCUGGCCGCCCGGGGCCUGGACAUCCCGCUGCUGGACAAUGUCAUCAACUACAGCUUCCCCGCCAAGGGCAAGCUCUUCCUGCACCGCGUGGGCCGUGUGGCUCGGGCUGGCCGAAGUGGCACAGCCUACUCCUUGGUGGCCCCUGAUGAAAUCCCCUACCUGCUGGAUCUGCACCUGUUCCUGGGCCGCUCCCUCACCCUCGCUCGACCCCUCGAGGAGCCCUCAGGUGUGGCCGGUGUGGACGGCAUGCUGGGUCGGGUGCCACAGAGUGUGGUGGACGAGGAGGACAGUGGCCUGCAGAGCACCCUGGAGGCAUCGCUGGAGCUACGGGGCCUGGCCCGCGUCGCCGACAACGCCCAGCAGCAGUAUGUGCGCUCGCGCCCGGCGCCCUCGCCCGAGUCCAUCAAGAGGGCCAAGGAGAUGGACUUUGUGGGGCUGGGCCUGCACCCCCUCUUCAGCUCGCAUUUUGAGGAGGAGGAGCUGCAGCGGCUGAGGCUGGUGGACAGCAUAAAGAGCUACCGCUCCCGGGCGACUAUCUUUGAAAUCAAUGCCUCCAGCCGAGACCUGUGCCGCCAGGUGAUGCGCGCCAAGCGGCAGAGGGACCUCAAGGCCAUCGCCCGCUUCCAGCAGGAACAGCAGGGGCGGCAGGAGCAGCAGGAGGGCCCAGUGGGCCCAGCCCUGAGCCGCCCAGCACUGCAGGAGAAGCAGCCUGAGAAGGAGGAGGAGGAGAAAGAGGAGGCGGGAGAGAGUGUGGAGGACAUUUUCUCAGAGGUCGUGGGCCGGAAGCGACAGCGGUCAGGACCCAACAGGGGAGCCAAGAGGCGGAGGGAGGAGGCCCGGCAGCGGGACCAGGAAUUCUACAUCCCCUACCGGCCCAAGGACUUUGACAGCGAGCGGGGCCUGAGCAUCAGCGGGGAAGGGGGAGCCUUCGAGCAGCAGGCGGCUGGCGCUGUCCUGGACCUGAUGGGGGAUGAAGCCCAGAACCUGAUGAGGGGCCAGCAGCAGCUCAAGUGGGACCGUAAGAAGAAGCGGUUUGUGGGACAGUCAGGACAGGAAGACAAGAAGAAGAUUAAGACAGAGAGCGGCCGCUACAUCAGCAGCUCCUACAAGCGAGACCUCUAUCAGAAGUGGAAACAGAAACAGAAAAUUGAUGAUCGUGACUCGGACGAAGAAGGGGCAUCUGACCGGCGAGGCCCAGAGCGAAGAGGUGGGAAGCGAGGCCGUGGCCAAGGUGAGAGCCAGGGUGGGGAGUGUGGGUGCACAGGUAGGCAGAGCAGGUAUGGUCAGAUUAGGGUAACGCUGAGGCAUAGGUGCAGGGGCUACUGCAGAGCCCCAGAGCUGGGUGUGUGGGGGUAUGCUGCCAAAACCGUGGGUCCCUCCAUGAUCCCCCCACCCAACCCCCACCCCCACAGGUUCCCCCUUCCUACUGUCCCAGCCUCUGAUGGUCACGAGCACCGCCUGACAGGUGCUGGGAAGCACCAUGCCCCUCAGGUGCCUUGUCCCUGACCCCCUUCCACUUCACAGAUGAAGCCACAGGGAUAACUUCUGGUAGAUGCCCUGUUCACCUAAUUAAGCCGAUUGUCUAAAAUCCUAGAGAACUCGGGAGGUGGAACCUUGUGCGAAUGCUGCUACGUGGGCCAUUUUCACCUGCAAAAAUGGCAUUUGCAUGUGGUUCAACCUGACAGAGUGAGCAUGAAUUGAUUCCCUGUGGCAUCCUCAGGAGUGACGUUCGUUUUAGCAAUGCUAUGGGGAAGUUCAUGUCACCAAAGACGCAGUCAGAAGCAGCUUUGGUUCCGGGAGGAGGCGAUCACAGGGGAUGUUGAGGAAGAUACUUCCUUGAAAUGUGGGUUGGCAAGUGGUACAUUUGGUCAUCUGAGGACUUGGACCUCUUUGAUCUGGCCUGGGUCCCUCAGCCAGUAACAGGCUAAGGUGGAUUUGAAGCCGUCUCUGUCUGCCAGAGCCUGUGCUUAAGGGCUGUUGUCAGGGAGGGGCUCCCACUUGUGGGUGCAGGCAGGCUCUGUCCUGGAAGGCCACACGUGACCUGGGAGGCAAGGUGACUGCGAAUACCCAUUUUACAGGCCGGGAAACAGGUGCCUUAUGAGGGCUAUGACUGAACCUGGGUCACCCAGCUGCCCAAGGCUCCCACCUGGAGCCUUCCCUGGGGAGAGGGGAGUUUGGGACCAUGUCCUGGGUCUCUCUCAGAUGGUCUUAGCACCUGCUUGUGUCCCUCCACCUCCUGGGGCUGUCACUGCCUCCCCGGGUGUCUCUGUGAGCCUGCGUGCAUUUGCCUGGGCCUGUUCUCUGUGGCUCCUCCCUCUCCAGCUCUCCCAUCUGUGGGAGUGUCUCCUUGUCAGCAUGGCUGGGUGGGGACCACCCACACCUCACUUCUCAGCCUGUUUUUAACCUGGGUGAAACAGCAGCUUUUGCUGCGAGCAGUGCCGUGCAGUGGGCGUGCAGGGGCUGGGGAGACGGGGGCGACCUGUGGGCUUUGGGAGAAAGCAGCUGUUCUUCCUUUGCUGUCCUCAUUGGAGGUGAUAGGUCCUGCGAGGCACCCUGGCUCCACUGGAGACAGCUGGGACCACCCUAAUGGUCAUCCCUCUAGGAGCCCUGGGGAGGCUGCUGUUAUGAAUGGGGAGGAGGAGGACGAGGACACAGGGCUUAGUGGGAGCCAGGGAGGGUGGUGCUUGCCUCCUGGAGAACUAGAAGAAUGGACUACGUGAUGCCCACCUGUCGGGCUGGGGCAGGGUUGCUGACCUCUGCUGCUGCUGCUUUGCUGUGUGAUCUCAGAUAAGUCCCUCUCCCUCUCUGGCCUUCUCCGAUUCCUCUCCCACCUAAAGGAAGGUUUAUCUACACUCUUUUUUCAUCUAACAAGCCUAGAGCAUGGUGUCCAUGGAGACAGAGGCUGAGGUCUGUAUCGGUUACUAUGGGGGGCCUCAGAGCCUGGCAUGCAAUAGGUGUGCUGUGGAGACAUACGCUCCUUGGUUGGAGAAUUUUUAAUAGUAACAGUCAUGCCCAAAAGGCUCUCACUAUGGGACAGGCCUUGAAAUUCUGAGCACUUUGCACCAUGGAAAUGCAUUUACUCUUCACCCAUGAGGGAGGUGCUAUGAUUUAUAAUUCACAGAUGGGGAAACUGAGGCACAGAGCCGUUAACUUCUUGCCCAGGGUCCAAGAGGUCACAGCUGGGAUUUGAACCCCAGCCGUUCUGGCUCCAUGUUAUUGACCACUCCAUGAGGCUGCCUAAAACUUUAUUAGCCACCUACUGUGCACAGACACUGGGUCACAGCAAUAAGCACAGAACAGGAGUAGGGACAGGGGAGGAGUCUGCGAGCUUCUGAGAGGAGGGGAUCUUGGGAGUGAUCCCAACAGCUGAGCUCCCUGAAUCCCUGUCCCGGCAGGUGCAUCCCGGCCCCACGCCCCAGGCACCCCUGCAGGCCGUGUCCGCCCGGAACUCAAGACCAAGCAGCAGAUCCUGAAGCAGCGGCGCCGGGCCCAGAAGCUGCGCUUCCUGCAGCGUGGUGGCCUCAAGCAGCUCUCUGCCCGCAACCGCCGCCGCGUCCAGGAGCUGCAGCAGGGCGCCUUCGGCCGGGGUGCCCGCUCCAAGAAGGGCAAGAUGCGGAAGAGGAUGUGAGGACCAGGACCCAGCCCCUUGGCUCCUUGAUUGGCCUUAGGGUGGGCAUCAGAAGACGUUCCCGUGCACCACUGUGUGCCUGGCCCUGUGCUGGGCACUAGGGGCACUCCCUGCAGGAGCCAUCAUCCGUGAAAAGGAGCACUGUAUGGCCACAGAAGGGCAGCAGCUGCGUCAGCCUAAGACAGAGACAUUUGAGCAGGGCCUUGAAGGGUGUGGAGGAGUUCGCCAGCAAAGCCAGGCAGGCCAAGACCUGAGUUGGCAACUCAGCUGCUGCUGCUUCCAUGUGUUCUGGGUUCAGAGGUCAUGGCUGCACCGGUCAGAGCCCUGAGUGCCUCAGGGUUUGGCGAUGGAAUUUUUAAUGUAAUAAAUCUUUAUUGAGCACUG